AUGGAAAAUUCAAGAAAUGUUAAAAUUAUCACAGGUUUAUCAAAGGAAAUAUUUCAAACAGAAAUUUAUCCACAGAGAAAGCCAGUGAUACUAAGAGGUGUUGAUAUCGGGGAUUGUAAAGAAAAAUGGACGAAAGAGUAUCUCGCUGAAAAUGGCGGCUCCGUGGAAGUUAAAAUUCAUGUUUCUAAAACCCAUCAGAUGGAUUUUAUCCAUAAGAAUUUUUUGUACAGAUCAUUACCAUUUAAUGAGCUGCUGAGGAGAGCAAGUGAAGAAAAACAUACAGAAUAUUUUAUUGAUGAGAAUGAAAAAUAUUAUCUACGUGCGUUGGGUACUGGUGAUCCACGGAAAGAUAUAGCAGACAUUCGCAAUGAUUUUCCCAACCUGGCCAAAGAUAUAGUUAUACCCGAACUCUUUGACGCAUCACAAUUUUUCUCAAGUGUGUUGAGGGUGGCUUCGAAAUCAAUGCAGCUAUGGACCCAUUAUGACGUAACUCGGUUUUUCAUCUAA